CUUCAAAAAAAAAAUAUGGCUGUGAUCUUUUUCAAAUAUCAGGUGUUAGUGUAAAUUUAUUUUGCCUAUCAACAACAUACAACGGAAUCUUCAAAAAAAAAAAAAAAAAAAAAAAAAAAAAAAUUACCUUUGUCCAUCAUCAUGACCACCGAGAUUGUUAACGGGCCAAAUAUUUUUAACCAAAGUCAUCAUCAUAAUCAUCAUCAUAGUCAUAUUAGUGAUCAUCAUCAUCAAAAUAGCCAAAAUGUGAUCAAUGUUGAUGGUAAUAAAUUGAUGGUACCGAUUUUUAUGGUUACCAAUAGUGAAAAUGAUGAUGUUCAAACCAGGGAACCCUCAUUGAUAAAUCAAAGAUUAUCCAGUAGUAAUAAUAGUAGUGAUGGUGAUAAUGGUGGUCCAACAACGCCAAUAUCUGUCGAUUCUAAAUCAAAUUCAUAUUUUGAACGAGCUUCAUCAUCAUCAUCGUCGUCAUCAUCGACAUUAUCAUCACCAUCAUCAAGUUCUAUACAUCAUUCAUUUCAAUGGUCAAAUCUACGGUCAUCAUCA